UUACAGUCGCGGCGUUCAUCAGUCAAGAGAGCCAACAAUGAGUGAACCACAGACGACAACAACGGAAGAUCCAAAGUCACAAGCGCCACCUGAUUAUCAGCAGUCUUCUCCAGAACAAUACCCCAUUCAGUCUCCGCCCAUGAUGCAGCAAGGUCAGCCAAUGAUGCAGCAAGGUCAGCCAAUAAUGACGCAGCCAGGUCAGCCAAUGAUGCAGCAAGGUCAACCAAUGAUGAUGCAGCAAGGUCAAAUGGCACCAAUGCAUUCUCAAACUACCAGCAAUACAAACGUGAUAAUGAUCAACCAGCAGCCUGUUUCUGCCCGUGUUGCCCCAAGAGAGUGGAGUACGGGAUUGUGUGGCUGCUUUGACGACUGUGGCACUUGUUGGUAUGCGAUUUUCUGUGGACAAUAUUUAUUGUGUGACCUUUCUCAACGUCUAGGAGAGGGCAGAUGCUUCGUCUGUUGUUGUCCCUGUGCUCUUCUUAGCCUCAGGAUAAAAUUCAGAGCUGAGCAAAACAUCAAGGGAUCACUGUGCAAUGACUACUUGACGGUUGACUGCUGCUACCUUUGCGCCUUGUGUCAGCUGGCGAGGGAGAUUGACCACGUUCAACGCAUACAAAGAGUCAAUUGUUACAGUCGCGUCGUUUAUCAGUCAAGAGAGCUAACAAUGAGUGAACCACAGACGACAACAACGGAAGAGCCAAAGUCACAGGCGCCACCUGAUUAUCAGCAGUCUUCUCCAGAACAAUACCCCAUUCAGGUUCCGCCCAUGAUGCAGCAAGGUCAGCCAAUGAUGCAGCAAGGUCAGCCAAUGAUGCAGCAAGGUCAGCCAAUGAUGCAGCAAGGUCAACCAAUGAUGCAGCAAGGCCAACCAAUGAUGCAGCAAGGUCAGCCAAUAACGAUGCAGCCAGGUCAGCCAAUGAUGCAGCAAGGUCAACCAAUGAUGAUGCAGCAAGGUCAAAUGGCACCAAUGCAUUCCCAAACUACCAGCAAUACAAACGUGGUAAUGAUCAACCAGCAGCCUGUUACUGCCCGUGCUGCCCCACGAGAGUGGAGUACGGGAUUGUGUGGCUGCUUUGACGACUGUGGCACUUGUAAGUGUAAAAACUUUAAUUCUGUGCUGGGCACAAGGCACAUAAUACAGCACGAGAAUACACUGGUACAGGAUGGACGAUACAGGGCACAUGGUACAGGAUGGACGAUACAGGGCACAGGGCACAUGGUACAGGAUGAAGGAUACAGGGCACAGGGUACAGGAUGA